AAAUUAUGACGACAUUCAGUCCUACUCUCCGUAUAAAAUUCUUUUUGUUUUUUGACAAUUAAAUCCUUUUCUUUUUCCUGCCCUUUUCCCUACUUUUUUUCUUCCCUCUUUUGUUUCUCAAUUUCUGUUCAUUUCUUGAGAGUCUCUGUUUAUAGGCUGAUCGAUCGAGCCCUCUUCCUGUAUUUUUAUUUUGGGAAAUUACCCUUUGCUAAAACGUAGUUUGGUCUUUAAUUAUAUUGGCUCAAAAUGUCUUCUCCAAGCAAGAGAAGAGAAAUGGAUGUAAUGAAGUUGAUGAUGAGUGAUUACAAUGUCGAAACAAUAAAUGACGGACUCAACGAAUUCAAUGUCGAAUUUCAUGGUCCCAAAGAAAGUCUGUAUGAAGGUGGGGUUUGGAAAAUCCGGGUUGAGCUUCCGGAUGCUUAUCCAUACAAGUCUCCUUCUAUUGGAUUUGUGAACAAGAUAUUCCACCCAAAUGUUGAUGAAAUGUCUGGUUCUGUAUGCUUGGAUGUUAUUAACCAAUCAUGGAGUCCAAUGUUUGAUCUUUUAAAUAUUUUUGAAGUUUUUCUUCCACAGCUCUUACUUUAUCCAAACCCUUCAGACCCCCUAAAUGGAGAUGCGGCUUCAUUGAUGAUGAAGGAUCAGAAGCAAUAUGAUCAAAAAGUAAAAGAAUACUGUGAGCGAUAUGCAAAGAAAGAAAAUAUCACAAAAUCCCCAGCUGACGAGGAGACCGAUGAUGAUGAAGAUGUCACUGAUGAAGAAGCGGGAUCUAGCGAUGAUGAAAUUGCUGGACAUGCAGAUCCAUAAAUUAACUUUUAAGACCUGGCUUCUACGAAAUAAACACUUGAUAAAAGCCAUGAUGAAGCUGAACCCCUUGGUUGUUCUCCUCAGCAUAGAAAAAUAGAAAUGGUGAGUGAAGUUAGCUGUUUAAACAUACUAGGGCCCACAAGGAAAAUGGGAAGAACAAUUGAUACAUUAAAUCAAAUAUUUUUAUUAAACACAAUCUGUUGUUUAGUUAGUUAUUAUUUGAUUUUCUCAAAUAGCUUGCAUUUUCUUUCCUAAUAGAACCUGUUCUAGGAGAAUUCAUUGUAUUGUAUUUGUAUAUGGUUAAAAUUUUAUAUUUGUUUUAACCUUGUGCUGGAAUAUAUAACUUAAUAAACUUGUUUGCAAA